CUGUCCAUUCAGGAGGAAGGUUCCCAAACACACUAUGGUUGUGACCACACCUUCUAACAGGACACUCCUUAGCUGCCCAUCCCUGCCUUUUAUAACGGACUCAAUGAAUUGGCACACUUAUCUUUUGGAGGCAGAGAUGUGUAGGGGUGGAGGUCCUAAAGGAGGGGGGAGUCCUGUAAGAAGGACUACUGUUUAGUAUCUAGAGGCUAUAUGACCUCAGCACAGCUCCUUACCAGGACACAGCAGGCAGUCCCAGACACUCAGCCUACACAAUAGCCUCCACAGUGCAGGAGCUCAGUACGACACACGGGAUCAUGGAGGAAGGACCUUACAAGUACAUCAGGGACGGGAAUGGCAAGGCUAGUCGGGUCAUCCGGAUCGGGACACGCAAGAGCCAGCUGGCUCGCAUCCAGACUGACAGCGUUGCAGACAGGUUGAAAGAACUCUACCCUGACAUCCACUUGGAAAUAGUUGCCAUGUCAACAACAGGAGACAAAAUCCUGGACACAGCUUUAUCAAAGAUUGGUGAGAAGAGUUUGUUCACCAAAGAGCUGGAGAACGCUCUGGAGAGAAAUGAGGUCGAUCUCGUGGUUCACUCACUCAAAGAUCUGCCCACCACUCUGCCUCCAGGAUUCACCAUCGGAGCUGUUCUGAAGAGAGAAAACCCUCAUGAUGCAGUGGUUCUACAUCCACAGAACGUAGGGAAAACUCUGGACUCUCUUCCAGAAAACAGUGUGAUCGGCACCAGUUCACUGCGCCGUGCUGCUCAGCUGAAGAAGAGAUUCCCCCACCUGAAGUUUAACGAUAUUCGGGGGAACCUGAACACACGGCUGAAGAAGCUGGAUGAGAAGGAUGACUUUGCUGCCAUCAUCCUGGCUGCUGCUGGCCUCAGGAGGAUGGGCUGGGAGAACCGGAUAAGUCAGAUCCUGGGGCCUGAAGACUGUAUGUAUGCUGUUGGACAGGGGGCUCUGGCAGUGGAGGUUCGAGCCAGAGAUGUAGACAUCCUGGAGAUGGUGUCCGUCCUCCAUGACCCUGACACUGUGCUGCGCUGCAUCGCUGAGAGAGCCUUCCUCAGACACCUGGAGGGUGGCUGUAGCGUUCCGGUGGCGGUACACACCCAGGUGAAAGACUCCCAGCUCUACCUGACAGGAGCAGUGUACAGUCUGGACGGAUCAGACAGUCUGAAGGAAACGAUGCAGACGAGCAUCACAGCUAAUGACAAGAGUUCAGAAGAGGUGGACGAACGAGUCCAGCGAGUGGGAGUCACAGCCAGCAAGGUCCCGGGUGAAGCCCAGGACAGGGCUGAGCGGCUGGGGGUCGACCUGGCCAACUUACUGCUCAGCAAAGGAGCCAAGGAGAUCCUGACUGUUGCCAGGCAGCUCAACGAUGCCAGAUAGUGCUGUGCAGCUGAAGGACGGGUUCCAGAGUGAGCAGUCAGUCACAACCUUGUGUCAAGUAAAAACUGAAGUCCUUCUUUGUGGUUUGCAUUUGAUGUUUGUUUGAGAAAAAGAUUGAUAACUUUCUGUUGCACCAGGUGAGAAUUUCAAUCACUGCUUGGACCAAAGUUGUGCUCAGCUGCUACAGAGCUGCUAAAUUGACUGCCAUUCUCAGUUUUGUAACCCUGCUGUCUGUAGCACUCUUGGUCUUGGUUCCAGCCUGUUUUUACUCCCAGUACCUCAUGGAACCAUCUCCUGAGCUACGCAGAAACCACCUCACUGGGAUUAUCAGCGAGACACACAAAAUGGCCUUCAGACUUUUUUUGUCAGCACUAGCAGUUCCAUGGCUAGCUGUUUAUUUUUUGGUUUUUUUUUUUUUUUUAGCGUAGCAGUUUAUUAACUGCAAAGCCACUAAAAUUCUGCAAUAUCUUCCCUCCACACUCAAGGAUGUUUCAUCUAUUAUUGUUCCUCACAAGCAGAUAUAAAAGACUAGGUAAAGCAGAGUUCUUCUCUUGAUGGUACCAAAGAUGAGUUUACAAGUUUGUGGGCACAUUUUCUGGUUUGACACAGGCAACACUGCAGUGAGGUGAAACUCAUUUAGGUGCAAAGGUUUGACAGAAGUGUAAAUAGUAGAGUAAAUUCAGAGCCAUUAUUGACUUUGUUUUUGAACAGUGUCACCCUCACUUUAUGUGAACUUUACCACUGAAGCUACUGUUUGGCCCCCUAGAAAUAAAUGUCUCCUUCUUGCAUAAUCUUCAUUCGUGCUGACUACAGCAUUUGCAGUUGAAAAGGUCUGAUACUUUGCUACCUCUUUAACAGAGAGAGAAUAUAUUUAAUAUACACAAUAAGCUGGAGGGAGCAUUUAGUUGGACUCCACCUGUGACACAGCGAGUGAUGCUAAGGUCUCUGCAGCUUUGCACUGAAUCUGUAUGAGUUUCACUACAUGUUUAACACUGGAGCUACAGAUCCACACCAGACUGUGCAUUAGUGUUCAGCCUCCUGCUCUGUUUUAAAUGUGAAGUGUUGUCCUGUUUUGUGCUUUGUUCAUGUUGCAUGUUGAUAAUAUGGGUGUAAUGUCCCUACAGAAUGCCUUGCUGUAUCACACAAGGUGUCAACUGUGAGCUUAGAGUUUUAAAGUGAUAGUUUAGAAGGUGUUAAUGCUACAGUUGUGGAUGUACAGUAGUAGAAUGGAUAGAUAAAAAGGAAAACGGAACCUUCAUGAACUGGCUACAGCCCCCUGAUCAUUUCUUUUAAACAUAAUAGAUGUUUACAGCUGUAUUACCGUACUCAUUACACUGAAUCAGAACUUGAUUAAAUGGGCAUUAUGGACCCAUUCAUGCUGCUGAUACUUGUAUGCUGUGGUGUAGUUCUAUUGAAGCGCAUUGCAUUCAUCAAACAAAGCUAAAUUAGACAUUCUGUCUUAUAAUUAUAUUCCAAAUUACAUGACAUAGUUUUGCCAUAAUUUUGAGGUUUAAAACCAACUGUCUCGUAUUUCUGAGACAAAGACCUUGCCAUGAUGACAUGAUGAUUGUCAUUCUAAUAAUUCUUAAGAUCAUUUCUCAUGCUGUUCGGUGAUCUUGUAAUUUUGACUUUGUCAUGAUUACACCUACUCCUCAUUAUGAGAUAUUGAGCUCAUACCUGCAGUUCAGUUCUAUUUUUGUAAUAGAUUUUCAUGUUUAUGAGAACAUUUCUCAUAAUUACAGAGUCUGUGUCUCACAGAGACUAUAUAUAGAAGGUGGACGUCACCUUUGGGUUGGAAAAGUGGAACCAACACAUAAGUGCCUUCUUUCUAACAGCCAGCAGGGGGCGACUCCUCUGGUUGCAAAAAGAAGUCUGAUUGUAUAGAAGCCUAUGAGAAAAUGACCCUACUUGUCACUUUGUCUGUUACCUCCGUAAACAUGUUCCUCACGAGUUUAUGGAUUCAAUUACUAAUUUCAAGAUUCUUUUACUACAGCCUGAUGUUCAUUAUGUAAACUGUGGUCCUAUUUAGAGGAAAAUAGAUAACAAAGCAGGAUAUGUUUUAGGGCGGGGCUACCUUGUGACUGACGGGUCACUACAGCGUUGUGUGUAGCGUGUUCAGUCAGAUCCAACCCUCCUCAUCCCAUUCAGAUUCUGGAGAGCAACAUGGCAACAGCCAAAUUCUAUACUGGCGGCUUCGAAAUAGUUGUCCACCAACCAACAGGUGAUGUCACAGCUGCUACGUCCAUCUUAUAUUUACAGUCUAUGGUAUGUCACAACUGCAAAAUAAUGAUGAGAAGCCAUAAUCAGAAAAUGGUUUUCUUUUAAAAUGAGAUAUGGAUGUCCUAGUUAUGAGAUGCUGAAGUAUAAUUUGAAGAAAAAAUCCUUUGGUUAAUGCAAUGCAUGUUUCCUAUAGUCUUCCACAGCACUUCAGAUUUUUAGCAGGUCAUUUACCAAAAUAAAAGGAACCUAUUUGCGUUUCCUGUAAUGUCCUGCAACAUGCUGUACUUCACACAUUGAACCUUAAAUGUUUCAAAAAGCCACUUUUUGAGUUAUAUGACUUGCCUCGUGUAACAAAAUCCUGGAAUGUCAUUAUUUGUCUUUCAGUCUAAGUGCUAUCUUUUUAAAUGUAUCAUUUCUGGCUAAGUAAAAUACAUAUCUGCCUUGUAUACAGUAAUGCCUGUAUUGUUUCUUUGAUAAAUCCCAGUAAGCAUUCAUUCUGCGUCUGUACAGGUAGUGUGAUACUAUAUUGUUUUCUUUUAUAGGCCUUUGUUGUAUAUUUUACUUAAUUUAAACCUCAUGAUGCAAUGUGAGGUAACAUUAGCCAUAUUAUUUUUUUCCAGCUUUAAUUUCUGCAUUAAUUAACAGAAUAUUUCUUUUUUUAGGCUUAUCAAAGUACUGCAUCUGUUAAUAACAAAAAUAUUUACAUGAUGUCUUGAUUUUGACACAUGAAUACCAUGUCAAAUGAAAGUACUGAUGUCAAGAAACAAUUGCCAAUAAACCUGUGUGUUAAUUUA